GUAAACAUUGCCCUGUUCAUUUUGAAAAUUAUACAUUUCUCAGUGGGGAAAACGGGAGUGUUCAUUGUUUGAUCCGCCUUUCAACAAAGCAAACAAAAAUUCAUACGUUAAAAUUUAUCACAUGACAUCUGAUAAUCUAACUUGUAAAUCUUCUAACGUCUACGCCAUUGAGUGUAACCUGUGUGGCUUAAUUUCGCAAAUUCUAUGGUCGUUAUAACGAUCCAGUUCGUCAAUACGACCUCGCAUUGGGUCAAAUGCUGUCUGACGUGUUUCAUACCGAUUGUUAAACCGUUCUUGGCACACUGAUUUUGACUGCGGAUAACUCCGUUUACCUGAUCAGGAUAUGGGGCUCAUGGCGGAUGUGACCGGUCAACAGGGGAUGCUUACUCUUCCUAGGCACCUGAUCCCACCUAUGGUGUGUCCAGGGGUCCGUGUUUGCCCAACUAUCUAUUUUGUAUUGCUUCUAGGAGUUAUGAGAUUGAUCACAGUGCGUUAUCUUUACCUUGCAUCAGACACAUUGACAUGUGGAUCACGAUUUGUCACUUGCUUAUACAUAUUUUCUUGUGCUGGAUUUACUAUUAACAAUGACGUUGCGUGCAAGGUGCAUUCCUUGUUGAAAUUGAUGGUAAUCGUUACGUAUGUAUAUUCAAGAUAUGCAAAUGGAGACAUUUCAAAUAGUUUCAAUUGCUUGACAGAAGUAAUAUCUGAAUACACAGAGGCAAAAUGUCCCAUGAAUGGAGAUUACGAAACACAUUGUGAUGGAAACAAACGAUUGUGUAGUGUGUCACCCAUUAACUGUUGGAAUAUUCGUCGUUACUAUUCUAAUAUUGUUCUGAGAUUAGUGUUGAACAAAGACGUCAGUCUUAAUGUCUCAAUAAUCGCAGGGAGACUCUGUAGAUGUCUUGUGUAUGAUGUUGUAUGCGCUUUCAGUGAUCCCCACCAAACAUUGGAUUUUACAUACAUGCACGGUGUCAUUGUGGCUGGUGGAUUCAUGUUUGGAGGAUCCCUGACAAUAGUGAUCUUUCUAACAGCCAAACGAAUGCAAAGAAAAUGUAUCACAGAAAAGAGAAGAGUGCAACAAAACGUUGAUCAUGGAUACAGAUAUGAAACAAACAAUACAUCGUCUGGAAUGCCACUGGCUGUCACGGGUGGUCCAGACGAGAACGGAGGCAAUAGUGAUCCAGACGAGAACGGGAGCAAUAGUGAUCCAAACGAGAACGGGAGCAAUAGUGAUAACGCUCGGAGUGUCAAAGGAUCAAGAGUGAAAACGAAUGCCCCCUUUAUGGACCUCUCGAAAUCACAAUCGAUGGACUAUAGCGUAUAUAAUCAUUUACACGAAAAGGAAGCCGCGAAUAUGGACGACAAUUAUGACCAUGUGGAACCCAAUUCUUCAGCGCGUUUCAAACUGCACAGCACGUCAUCGUAGAAGAAAUGAUUGCAGAUUUUACAGAAUAUUCAGAGAUCUGCAAAUCGGAUUUGUUAAUUGAAGAGGACGUAAAUCAUGAAUCAACAAUCAAAACAAUUAACGAUGAUUAUUUUGUUUUGGAAGAAAUCAAGAAGUAGGAGUCUCUGAUGAAUAUGAGAUAUUUACAUACUGAUCUUACAUAUACAUACUUUGUUCACAUGUUCGACUUGUAACAUGUAAAACGUUUAUGGUACCAAUUUUAUUGGAUGCAUUAUAUAUAUAUAUAUAUAUUUAUAUAUAUAUAUAUAUAUAUAUAUAUAUAUGUGUG